AUGGGUUGCGCGAGAAUAUUCGCGGCACUCCGCCGCUGCAAGAGCCUCGAUAACGACAGCACAACACAACUGUCGCGGUGCUUGGGUCUCGUGGACCUGACCGCACUUGGCGUGGGCAGCACGUUGGGAUUGGGGGUGUACGUGUUGGCUGGCGCUGUGGCCAAAAGUGUAGCGGGUCCUGCUGUGACGCUCAGCUUUCUGGUUGCAGCUAUUGCGUCAGCUUUUGCUGGUCUUUGCUACGCUGAAUUUGCGGCGCGUGUACCUAAAGCGGGCUCUGCAUACGUGUACAGUUAUGUCAGUGUGGGAGAAUUCAUCGCCUUCACGAUCGGGUGGAACCUCAUCCUGGAGUACGUGAUAGGCACUGCCAGUGUUGCCAAGGGCAUGGCCAACUACAUAGACAGCUUAUGCAACAACACCAUGGCCCGUACUAUGACCGCUAUUGCCCCGAUCAAUGUAUCGUUUCUCGCUGAUUAUCCGGAUUUAUUCGCGUUCACUCUAGUGCUGUUAAUAACUGUUCUCCUCGGAGUCGGAGUUAAGGAGUCUACCAAAUUGAACAACAUUUUCACGGUUAUCAAUAUGGUCACUGUUCUAGUUGUGGUAAUCGCUGGGGCUAUUAAAAGCGACCCCGCUAACUGGAGCAUCCCGCAGUCGGAGAUCCCGGAGGACGUGCGGGACAGCGCGGGCGCGGGCGGCUUCGCGCCGUGGGGCGUGGCGGGCGUGAUGGCGGGCGCCGCCAAGUGCUUCUUCGGCUUCGUGGGCUUCGACUGCGUCGCCACCACCGGCGAGGAGGCGCGCAACCCGCGCCGCGACAUCCCGCUCUCCAUCAUGCUCUCGCUCGCGAUCAUCUUCGCUUCCUACUUCAGCAUCGCCACCGUGCUCACCAUGAUGCUGCCGUAUUACCUCCAGGACGCGGACGCGCCGUUCCCGUACGCGUUCGCGCGCGCCGGGCUGCCGGGCGUGCAGUGGCUGGUGGCGUGCGGCGCCGUGUGCGCGCUGUGCACCAGCCUGCUGGGCGCCAUGUUCCCGCUGCCGCGCGUGCUCUACGCCAUGGCCAGCGACAAAGUGCUGUUCCGCGCGCUGGCCCGCGUGCACCCGCGCACGCAAACACCGCUCGUCGCCACCGCGCUCAGUGGACUGCUCGCCGCAACAAUGGCGGCGAUCUUCAACCUCAACCAGCUAAUAGACAUGAUGUCAAUUGGUACACUUCUCGCCUACACUAUAGUUGCCACCAGUGUGCUAAUUCUAAGGUAUGAAGAAGAUAACAGACUAAAGCUGCAAAACAGUAAGCCGCUACCCGAGACGCCGUACAGUGUGGUACGGCAAACGUUCAAUUUCCUCGGCCUGAAGGAACCUACUGAGCUUUCCGCCUACAUCGCCAAGUGUACCAUCGCAUUUUUAUUCGCGUGUGCGCUGGUAACGUGUGUGCUGAUGCGGUGGGGCGCGGCGAGCGCGGGCACGCACGUGGCGCUGGGCGCGCUGGGCGGCGCGCUGCUGCUGCUGCUGCUCGUGCUGUGCCGCCAGCCGCGCCGCAGCGUCGCGCAUCUCACCUUCACCGUGCCACUGGUGCCGCUGGUGCCGUACCUGAGCGUGUGCAUGAACGUCUACCUCAUGGUGCAGCUCGACUACCAGACCUGGGUGCGCUUCAUCAUCUGGCUCGUCAUCGGUUAUUUAAUUUACUUCGGCUACGGUAUCAGACACAGCAAGCUCGGAGAGAUGCCGGUAAGCAAGCCGGUCACCAACGGUGUUGAACAAAAGAGCAUAGUCACAAAAUUCUGA